AAAGACAUUAAAUCCACACUCGGCUGCAGACAUGGAUUUGACAUUAGUGAGAGACAUUUGAAAAGAUUAAAAAAAGGUUUUCUACGUCGGCAAACCGGAAAUUGAACAUACGGGGGCGAACCGGAAGUAAACCAGACACACAACAGCGGAGGCGCAAAGCGAAAAGGAUAAAACGCCCAUCUGUCAGCUACAACCAUGGAGGACGAUUUGGAGAGGUUCUUAAUUUCUAGAGAAGUCCCAAAAGACGACAUUACACGAAUGAAGAGAGACAAGGUUGACAAAGCAGUGUUGCGCAUCAUGAGUGAUGAGCAAAUGUCAAAAUACAUAAACACAUAUGGUGAUAGAGUAGCUGUGCUAUCUUUCUGUGAACAAACACAGUGCCAAAGCAUCAGUAAAGACACUCUUUUAGAGAGAUUGAAAUAUAAAAUAGGGGCACGCAAAAUGAAAUCAAAGACAAGAGGAUCACCGAGUGGAACCCCAGACGAACUCCAAAAUACCAUGGCCAGAGAAAGAAAUAGGGCAGGAGAGAAGGCUUCAAGAAAGGUUGAAAUUGAUGGCUUCAUUUUGGCAUUAAUGGAUACAGUCAAGUACGGACCAACAGUGGGGGAGGCACGAGACAUUCUACAAUGGCAAAAACAGCUACUGUUGCUCAGAUCAUGGAAUUAGGAAAAGAACUAUUUUUUCCUGAUGGGCAGUCCACAAAAGGGCGAGCUGAAGACUUCACGUUUGACAUCUGCGAUUUUAAAAGGAACAAGAUUCCCUUUAAUCACACUGUUGGCCAAAUGUAUGAACAAACUAAACUAAAACUUCUCAGAUUUUACAUCUGUACUAAAGAGGGAGCUCCAAAAGAUCACUCAUCUGAGGAAAAUGGUCAGUUUGAAGAUGGAUCUCAGUCAGUCAUCACAGAUCUGCAGGAUAGUUCAUAUUCAACUGAUAGUGACGGAAGCGCCCAGAUGCAACAAAGAUCAAAAAGGUUAAGGAAAAUAUCUGAGGAUGAGACAGCACAAAGUCCAGGUCCAUCACAUCCCUUUCAGUCAACCCCAACAGACAUAAAAAAUAGCAGCAUUGACGGAAGAGAAAACACGAGUGACGUCACUUUACCGGAACCGGGCCCCUUGUUUGACGAGGCAGAUACACUUGUGUGGGAUUCGGACGAUGAUGUGGUGGUUAUCAAUUUAAAACAUGUUGAUGAGGAUGACACACAGAGGACAGAGUUGGGUGGUGCUCCUACACAGGUGAUAGAGCUUCUACUCCCUUCAGGUGAUGGCCUGCUUAACCUGGAUGAGCAGCAGUCCAUACACGAGGAAGCAGUGCAAGCUGCCCAGCUGGACAGUGGGCUAAAUUUCAAUUUGCCCUCUCAUUCAAGCAGCCACAUGCCAACAGACAGCAACCCAGGAAGUCCCCAGACCACACGGCGUGCUUCAGUUUGCAGGAUAAAGGUUGUUGAUGAUCUUUUGCCUGUAUUUACUGACCGCAGCAUCCUGAAUAUGACUUUAAAGAUGGACUUUGUCAACGAAAAAGCUAUUGAUGAUGCCGGAGUGUCUAGGGAGGUGUACACAGCCUUCUGGGAGCAAUUUCUUGAACAGUGUGAAGGAGAAACAGAGCGAGUUCCAAGGCUUAGGCCAGAUUUUUCUGAGUGGAAUGGCAAGCAGUUGGACGGAUUUGGGUUAAAGGAUUUGUAG